GAGUUCACUAACAGCCUAUCCCACCCUAGAUUCAUUCAGUCAACCACAUACACAUAAGAAUUAUCAUCAUCCUGAUCGAUUAUACUGAGUACCGUUCAUGGAAAGUAGACAGUGGAAUGGUCAUAUUAUUCGAUAAGGUGGGGGACGGAUGGGUAGAAUGUAGAAUGUCAUUGAUAUGUACGCGUGUUUACACACUGUUGAUCGACCAAUCGAAUCACUGCACACUUUAUUCAGUAAAUAGUAAUCAGUAUGACAUUCUACUCCUCAGUCUGCUUUUAUUCAACGUUGAAACCGGUGGCAACUUGUUCUUAGAUGAAUAAUAAGCUUACAACAAGGACGACAUUCAUAGUCUACUUUUAGAACAGAUUAUAGUGGAAAGGAAGUGACCUGAUAUUUUUAUCCUCGUGCAUACUAUACACCCCAUUUCUUGUAAAACAUACACUGCAUGGAUUCGAAUGAUUUGUUGCCAUCACACAGUCAUUCUUAUAAAAGCCAACUGAAACAACUCUCUGAGUUAAGGAUUGAUUCAAUGUCGACUUCCAAUACGAAUAUGAAUGAAAAUUAUGAUGCUACAUCAUACCGAUUCAACUUUAUAUCAAACCUUCACCAAUGUUUCAUGGGAAGAAAUUUCUUCAACCGGGAACAGCAUCUACUACAAAUGCUACUACGAGAGCCAUUGGGAGACCAUGUCUGGCUGGCACACAGACACAACAGCAAGACCAUACACUGCCAACUGCAGGUUCAUCAUCAUCAAGUGCUGUUCACAGUGAAAGAAAUUCUCAGCUGGCUAGGUUACGUCAACUGCAACAGCUAUAUCAGAGACUGGCUGUUUUAUCCGCAAUAAAGAGUGAGAAGGUAGAGGGAAAAAAUGACAAAAAUGAUGCCACAUCAUAUCGAUUCAAUUUCACAUCAAACCAUUUACCGACAUUCCAUGGAGAGAAAGUUCUUCAAUUGGGAAGGGCAUUCCCUGCAAGUACUUCAAAUGCAUCAUUCCUGGCUGAUAUAGAAAAAGCUGCAAUGAUGUAUAGAAAUGCAGCAGGUAAGGCCUCAGAGACGAGUGAUGCAGUCUACCAUUGGUCAGGAAAACUGCCAGUUCGAGCCCGUAGAACUAUGACAUUUUCACGGAAAGUCUUUCUUGGUGGUAUACCAUGGGAUAGUACAAGUGAAGAGCUAGUCAGAAUCUUUUCUCGAUUUGGCAGUGUGACUAUAUGCUGGCCACAGAAGGAUGCAAUGCAAUCCAGCAAUACAAACACUGAACCUUCUACAACCAAAGGUUAUUGCUACUUGAUAUUCGAUCAUGAGGUCAGUGUGUCUCAACUGCUUGCAAAAUGUGCUCACAAUUCAGCUACAGGUGGAGACUUUUACAAAAUUUCAAGUCCGAAAUUCCCAUCUAAAGAUGUACAGGUGAUACCAUGGGUUAUCAGUGACAGUUGUUACACAAAGUCAACUUCAAUUGUCAUGAACAUGGAACUAGUAGUGUUUGUUGGAGCACUUCAUGCCUUGAUCACUGCAGAAAUGCUUGCAAACAUCAUGAAUGACUUAUUUGGGAACGUUGUUUUUGCUGCCCUGGAUACAGACAAGUACAAAUAUCCUAUUGGUUCUGGGAGUGUAGCAUUUUCUAGUCAAGAAAGUUAUAUGAAAGCGAUUGCAGCCAAUUUUGUUGACAUUCGUACCCCGAAAUUUGUCAAGACAAUACAAAUCGAUCCAUAUCUACAACAUUCAUUGUGUGAUCAUUGUUAUGGUAAUCCUGGAAUUUAUUUUUGUAGAGCAUUUGAGUGUUUCAGUUAUUUCUGUCCAAGAUGUUGGCAACUAAUGCAUAAUCGAAAAGAGAUGCUCAAAUCACAUAAGCCUGUAAGGCGUACAUUCAAGUCAAACAAUGAUCAUAUUUUAUCGACUACUAUGACAUUAAGUAGAUGCUGAGGUCAGUGAACAUUAUUAUCUGUCAUUUUUGUUGUGGUUCCCGUUGUUAAUAGUGAUGAAGAUCUUGAAGUACACUCUAUCAUCUUGUUUCUUUCAAUACACUAGUUAGUAUUUCUACUUUUUACCUAGCCUUGAAAUUAUAUCUCUUCGAGUAAUAUUUCCUCUUUUAUAAUGCAGUUUCUAAUAACUCUACUUCUAUUCCACUGAAUGUUUUAAAUGCCUUUUAACUAGACAUCUGUGGAGAAGUCAAGUAAUACAUCAUCUUCUGUUUUCUUUCAUUAAUAAUACUGGUGAUAAUAAUAUGUAAUCUUAGGUAAUUAUGACUAUUACCACUUUUGUUCAUCCUAUACACCUCCAUCUGUCUAUCCAUCGUCUAGUUGAGUUGUAUAUUUCAGUUGAUGAAUGAGAAUGAACAGGGAGGAUUUUAUAGUUGAAUACGAAGCUGUGAAUUAACCUACUCACAUCACUUUUUACACAACAAAACUGUUUCUAAACACUUUUAUCAAUUGCAAUGAUGCAACAACGUUCUCUUAGCUUGAUAUUUCUUUACUUAUACUUAUUGUUUCGUUUUAAUAAAAUAUUAAGUUUUUAGUUAC